AUGGCAGUCUCCGGUGUAACUCGGCUCGGCUCGUGUUUGUGCAAGAAGAUUCGCUUCUCUGUCAUCGGCGACCCAUUCUCCUACGCAGUUUGUCAUUGCACAAACUGCAAGAAGUUUGCCGGCUCCGCCUUUAUGACCAACGCUUUCUUCAAUCCAGAUGCAGCGCAGAAUGUCCAUGUCACGGAGGGUCAAGAGUUCCUCAAAUCGUAUGAGGAUUCAAGCACGACGAGUGGGAAGACCUUGUUGCGUUCCUUUUGUUCGGGUUGCGGAAGUUCGCUCUUCCUCAGUUCACCAGUGGACAAAAAGUGGAUCAUUGUCCCUCCAUCUGCAGUGGACGAUGCCCACUCUUGGGGUGGGUUUCGUGCUUUGUGA